AUGCAUCUGGGGAACAUGGGCCACGCCAACCAGUCACUUGUCACCGAGUUUGUGUUCCGCCCCUUUUCGUCCGUGCCAACGACACAGCAGCUCCUCUUCGUGCUCUUCCUCUUGCUCUACCUCGCCAUCGUCAUGAGCCACGCCUCCAUCCUCUGGGUGGUCUGCACUGACUGCGCCCUCCACGCCCCCAUGUACUUCUUUCUGGGCAGCCUCUCGGGGCUGGAGGUGUGCUACACCACCGUGGUGGUGCCCCAGAUGCUGGCCAGUGUCUGGGAUGCCCGCACCACCAUCCCCGUGGCCAGCUGUGGGGUCCAGAUGUUCUUCUUCGUGGCGCUGGGCAGCGCAGACUGCUUCCUGCUGGCCGUCAUGGCCUACGACCGGUACGUGGCCAUCCAGUACCCGCUGCGCUACGCCCUUAUCAUGACACGGCGGCUCUGCUGGCGGCUGCUGGCCACCUCGCUGUCCCUCGGGGGGCUGCUCUCACUGGAGCUGACGGCUUUGGUCUUCGCCCUGCCCUUCUGCAGCCGCCAGAUCAACCACUUCCUGUGCGAUGUGCCGCCCGUGCUGCGCUUGGCCUGCGGGGACACGCGCCUCCACCAGACCGUGCUCUUCAGCGUGGGCGUGGCUGUGCUGGCCCUCCCCUUCCUCCUGAUCUGCCUCUCCUACGCCCUCAUCGCGGCUGCCGUGCUGCGCAUCCGCUCAGCAAAGGGCCGGCGCCGGGCCUUCCACACCUGCUCCUCCCAUCUCACCGUGGUGCUGCUGCAAUACGGCUGCUGUGGCCUGGUCUACCUGCGCCCCAAGGCUGGUGCCGCGGAGGAUGAGGACCGGCACCUCGCUCUAAUCUACACCUUCGCCACGCCCCUGCUCAACCCCCUCAUCUACAGCUUGAGGAACAGGGACAUCAAGCAGGCCCUGAGCAGAGCCCUGCGCCGGACACUGACAGCCCAGCCUCGCUGA